ACCAAAAACAUCAACCUGCGAAGUCCGCUGGACCGCAGACGUCUUCACAGACCAGAGAAAGCGUCCGAGUUCAUGACGUCGUCUGCAUUUGUUGAGCUAAAUGGACAAGUUAAAGAGAGUUUUGAGCGGGCAGGAUGGAAACAGCGACAACAUGGACAUCCUGGAGGCUGCCAACCAGGCCUCCACCCUCGCCUGGGGAACCCGCGUAAAGGCCUUCAUCGCCUGCUUUGUUCUGGGCCUGAUCCUCUCUGUGCUGGGCAGCUGCCUGUUGUGGGUACCAGGAGUCGGCCUGGCGCUGUUCGCCGUCCUCUACACUCUGGGCAAUAUCUGUUCUCUGGCUAGCACCAUGUUUCUGAUGGGUCCUGUUAAACAGCUGAAGAGGAUGUUUGCUAAGGAAAGAGCCCUGGCCACAGCCAUUAUGUUGAUCUGCUUGGUGCUAACCUUGUGUGCUGCUUUCUGGUGGAAGAAUAAUGUUCUUGCACUGUUGUUCUGUGUCCUGCAGUUUCUGGCAUUUGCCUGGUACGGCCUCUCAUACAUCCCGUUUGCAAGGGACGCCAUCAUCAAAUUGUUUUCACUCUGCAUGUAGACAGGACAGAGUGCCUGUUACUCUACCCGCACACAUUUCAUCAUCAC